AAGUCAAUACUUUCAACUCCAUGAAGCUACUGCCAGAUGUUUGACCUCCCAUUCUUCCGUCGCACAUUCACCACCACCGCCGCCGUUAACCUCCAUCAAAAGUUGACAUUUUUACUAUCAAAAGGCCAUCUCGACGAAGCACUUUCCAUCUUUUACAACAACCCUUCAAAUUUCCCAAACACCCACCAAACAUACGCCGAUAUCUUUCACGCCUGUGCUUGCCAUGGUUCCAUAUCACACGGCCAAGCUCUCCAUAACCACAUGGUCAAUACCCAGAAUCAGAAUCAUUUUAUACCAAACCUAUACGUAUAUAAUCACCUCGUUAACAUGUAUGCGAAAUGUGGGUUUUUGGAUCAUGCACGUAAGGUGUUUGAUGAAAUGCCUGAGCGAAAUAUUGUCUCCUGGACUGCUCUUGUUUCUGGGUAUUCUCAGUUUGGUAGAAAUGCAGAGAGUUUUCGUGUUUUUUCCCAGAUGUUAGUGGAGUUUCGUCCGAAUGAGUUUGCUUAUGCUAGCGUCUUAAGUUGUUGUGAUCGCGAGGUUGGCAGACAGGUUCAUGCCCAUGCAUUGAAGACGUGCUUUGAUGGUUGUACUUUUGUUGCUAACGCAUUGAUUUCCAUGUACUCCAAGAAUGAUGAUGGAAGUUUAUAUACAGAAAAUGGUGUGUAUGAACCUUGGACGGUUUUUAAGUUUUUAAAGUCGCGGAAUCUUGUGACAUAUAACUCAAUGAUUGUGGCUUUACAAAGUAAGGGAAAUUGGGAAGAAGCUUUGAAUAUGUUUUCAUCAAUGAGACGUGAUUCCGGCGUUGGUUUUGAUCGUGCAACCCUUCUUAGUAUCUUUUCGUGUUUAUUAAUUGUCAAAGAGUAUGGUAAUAGUAACGGGAUGAGUAGAACCUCAUGUCUUAAGUAUUGUUCUCAGGUACAUUGUCUUGCAGUUAAAAGAAGUUUUAUUUUAGAAAUAGAAGUAAUAACCGCAUUGGCAAAAGCAUAUGCUAAUCUUGGUGGAGAAAUUUCUAUCCUUUAUGAACUAUUUAUAGAGACCUCAGGUAAAAGAGACAUUGUUUCAUGGACUGCAUUCAUAACGAUAUAUGCAGAACGGGAUCCUGAAGAAUCCCUUUUAAUGUUUUCUAAGUUGUGUAAAGAGGGUUUGAGUCCAGACCGUCAUGCAUAUUCUAUCUUACUAAAAGCGUGUUCAAAUUUAGUAACUGUUCGUCACACAUUGGCUGUCCAUUCUCAGAUACUCAAAAUCGGGUUUGAUAAUGAGACUGUGCUUGCAAAUGCAUUGAUUCAUGCGUAUGGAAGAUCCGGUUCAGCUCAUGAGUCAAAAAAAGUUUUUGACUCGAUGAUUAUUAAGGAUAUAGUUUCUUGGAAUUCAAUGAUCAAGAUAUAUGGGUUACAUGGUCAACCAAGAGAUGCGUUGCAUUGCUUUGACCAAAUGAAUGUAGCUCCCGAUUCCACGACCUUUGUAGCCCUGUUAUCAGCAUGUAGUCAUGCUGGUAUGGUUGAGAAAGGGACAAAGAUAUUUGAAAGUAUGUCUAAAACUUAUGGGAUUGUUCCUCAGCUUGAUCAUUACGCUUGUAUGGUUGACAUUCUUGGGAGAGCAGGCAGGAUUUCAGAGGCUCAAAAGCUCAUAAAUGAAAUGCCAAUCACACCGGAUUCUGUAAUAUGGAGUGCCAUGCUUGGAGCAUGUAGGAAAUAUGGUGAAACUAAGUUGGCUGGGUCAUCUUCCAAAAAGUUGCAAGAGUUGGACCCGGGCAAUUCCCUUGGUUAUGUACAAAUGUCAAACAUAAUGUGCUCAAAUGGUACUUUCAAUGAAGCUGUACAUAUAAGAAAGCAAAUGAUAGGUCUCGGUGUGAAAAAGGACCCUGGUUUUAGUUGGACCGAAAUUGGGACCACGGUUCAUGAGUUUGCAGCCGGUGGAAUGUACCACCCACUGAGAAAGACUAUACUGAUUGACCUAGAGAACUUCAUCAAGGAGUUAAAAGGGUUAGGUUAUGUAGCAGAAACUAAUUUGGCAAUGCGUGAUACAGAGGAGGAAGACAAGAAUCGGGAACUAAGUUAUCAUAGUGAAAAGCUUGCGUUUGUUUUUGCGUUAAAUCAUGAUGAGUGUAAGUCUUCUAGGCGUGCUAUAAGGAUUUUUAAGAACAUACGUAUAUGUGUAGAUUGCCAUAAUUUUAUGAAAUUCGCUAGUGAGUUAUCUGGAAGAGAAAUUAUUGUAAGAGAUUCAAACAGGUUUCAUCAUUUUAAAGAAAGAGUAUGUUCAUGUGAUGACUAUUGGUAAACAAUCCAGAUUCUGGAUUCGGUAAGAGGUCCUACAGUUGGUAACAGCAUGUAUAAGCAACUUGACCAAUGGGACCAGCGGCCUUCUGUGACGACUUUUGAAGUUUGCCAAAAGGAGCUUAACUUUCCUAUUAACGCCGGCUAACCUGUGAGUCGUGUUGGGUCUGCCGCUUGGAAACUACGACUAUGAAACAAGUCCCUGGUAGUUCAAAACUGGAGUUGGCACAAUAUUGCCAAGUGGCCUAUAUCACCUUCAUUGGUCUAUAAUUUAAUUUCUUUUGUCAAAAUUGGAAUCUUCGAUAUCAACUUUUAAUUCGAAGUAAAUGGGAGGUUAUAUGACCAAAGGACGUUCAAGUUGAACUGACAAAAAAAAAGUUGAACUGAUCAAGAUAAAAUAAGAUUUUGAUCAUUUUUGGGUUGAUCUAUUAGCUCAAAAGAUUGUGUUCAACUUUCAAGACAUUUGGUGUAAUUAUUCGGUGGUUGUAAGUGCAGACUCGUUAUAAACAGGAGAAGAAAAGAGGAACAAGUAGAAUGACUUGAAUCAAAUGGUAAGAGGUAAUCUGCGGUUUGAUGUGGGCACUUGGAUUAUUUGUAUUAUGGUUUCUUUCUUUCUACAGAAGUGUCUCAAAUCUCAAUCUAAGACUCUUGAGACUUGACUUUUAUUGUGGUGUCCCUCUUUUGUCCAUG